AUGCCCACAACCCCACCUUCAACGGCAGUUCCGAAACCUUUCUACGAUCCUAAUGUUCUCAAGACACUAAAGCAGCGAAGCAGCAGUGAGAGUAAUCAAAUGGGACCACCAUCAUCGUUAAAACUUGUCAAGUGUAGACCCUCUACAAAUGGAAUGGCGGUGAUUCCCCCACGUUCCCCCACAGCAGCAGGCACUUCGCCAACGGCAAGUACAACGGAGCGCCUCUCGUCGGCCUCAUCUGCGAGGGCCUUAAAGCCACGCAACAGUGCGGGUGGUCAUUCCUCAGGCAGGACACCACCAGCGCAAUCCACAACAACAACAACACCAACAACAGCAGCCGUUCCACCUGUUCCACGAUUGUGUUUUGAUGAUCUUACUAGAUAA